UUAGUGUGGUCACUUUAUCCCUGCCUCCUUAUUUUAUCACCAUCUUUUUUUUCCCCCGUGGUAUUCCUCUCACAGAGGGGAGGGGGACAGAGAAAGGCUUGGUUCUGUUGUCAGAUCUGUCAGUCUCGCCACCCCGGCCCCUCCCACCUCAGCAGAGGCAUUACAUACUGCCGCUGCUGCUCGUGCUCUUAGCAACGGUGCCUCGGCAACAGAGCCACGGCAACAGAGCUCCACGGCAACAGCGUGCCGUGUGUCUCCCCAAUGGAGCUGCCAUUGGGCGGACCGGUGCUCAGGCACUACACCCAGAGCAGACCGAGACCUCACCGACAGAAACUGAACUAUCGUCCCAGCAGACCGCAGGAGACAAUAAUCGAGAGUGAAAAUGAAGUCCUUGAGCUCAUGGGGCGUGUGGAUGAAGGAGUUGAAGAGUUCUUUACUAAGAGAGUACUGCCUGCUGAUACACUGAAGCUGCAGGAUGAGGAAUCUAUCACAGUGCACGAAGUGGCUCCUGCCAGCUCUGUCCCUUGUCCGGCCCCGACGAAAACCCUCCGGAGGAAGCUGGGUGAUUUCUUUACGCUCAAAAAGAGGCGAGGUUUGAAAUCAGAGACGAGCCAUGAGGGGCGUCCCAAAAAGGCCUCCAUCGCUGAUCUCAUUCGCCCUCUCAGGGAGGUUGCCAGAUCCGAGAAAGACAAAGACAAAGACCGAGUAAAGGAGCACGACAAGGAAAAUGAAAAGGAGAAAGCAAAAGAGGCUCCCACUGCUGUUUCUGGAGAGCCAGCUGUUCGGGAGACACCUGUUUCUGGCGCUCCGCCGCUGAGGGGCGAAGCAGUGCCUCCCCGCCGAGCUCUCAGAGAGGGGAAGUCCCAGUCUCUCAUUUUGCUAUCUGGCUCAGCAGCAGCGGGGUCGACCAAUGCCAGAAACACAGCAAAGAAACAAUUUGAAGGCCAGAAUAGCUUUGAACAGAAGCUCCAUCUCAUGCUUCAGCGUAUUGGAGUUUCCAAACCCCUGCCAGGAGAGACACAGGAUCAAGAAGGAGAGAUGAAAAAGGCCGAGUCUGAAGGUACCAUCAUUGACAGUAAACCCGAGCCACCUCCCACUUUCUCAAAACCUCGAACGAUGUCUGCAUCAUCAGACACAAGGCAUCAGAUUCGGGCAAGUGUGUCAGCGCAUGAAGGAGCCGGGAAACCCGCUCUGCUUCCAAAGCCGGUUAUCAAACCGGGGCCACCCCCCACAACGUCUGGCCGCAACACACCUGAGAACGAGCUGGCCCAAAUACAGGAAGCAGAGACACACACGCCCACUAAACUCAGCCCAGCCGCAGCGCCGUCACCUCCGGCCACCACCGCUCCCGCUGCACCGACAAUCUCAAACGCGGUCCCCGACUCGACCGACUUUGAAGCUCCCCCUUCGAGUACUGUAACUCCCUCACACGCAGAUGUAUGCACUGACUCUCCUGCAGCAACCUCCGUCCCCGAAACUACGACCGCACCCACAGAGCCCCCUGCCAACGCAUCCGUUACCCCCACCUCCUCAGAGUCUGUUACUCCAAGCCUCGCUGUCACUUCCACUUCAGCAGCAACAGUUGCCGGGCCUUCCAUUACCACCUCGGAAACUGUUUCUGCUCCCAGUCACGAAAGCCCUGUUUCCACGGCAUCAACAAAUCUGUCAGCCAAAUCGACUUUGCCAGAGCCAAAUGGCGUUCUCUCACUUGAUGUUGCUCCUGCUGCUGGUGGUGAUGCAGCUAUUUCUGUCACCACCACAGCUUCUGCGCCCUGCACCAGCGUGUCAGAUGUGCCGCCGGGCUUGUCUACCACCACCACCAUCAGCGAAGUCAGUCAUGAACCAGCUUCAGUCACAUCCAGUAGCUCUUCAACAUUAGUCACUAUGACUACAUCACCUCCCUCUGACUCAAGUGAUGUAAUUACAGUAACAAUUUCACAUGACCCCACCUUUACCGCUUCCUCCACCAUGGUCUCUGCUGCCCUUCCUCCUACCACCUCAGCACCUUCUACUACUCCUACAGCUCAACCUCAACCCCAAUUAUCCACUGACUCCAUUAACUCCGCUUCUUCAUCUACCGCCAUUCACCCAGCCACUACGUCCGUUCCCUCCACCUCUUCUAGUGAAACAAACCCUACAGACACCACUUCCACUGCUACCAGUCUGAACCGAGCAGAAACCACCUCCACCGCUAGUUCGUCAACCUCCGGUGCAAUUAGCUCCCCACUCACGACUGGGUCAGAGCCACCUUUUCCCAACAAUGUUGACACUAAGCUCACACCAACUAUCUCUAGCCUGCCCACUACUGAUAACACAAGUUCUGCUGCACCACCCGCUAGCGAUAGUCCAGGCCAAGAUAACGUAAUCCAGAUAUCUGAUGAGAGAUCCGGUGUAGGGCCUGCAGAAAAAGGCACUGCAGCAGAUGGGGAACAAACAAGCAAAGUACUUGAGGCAGACGAGAAGAAGGAAGUGGUUGACAGUUGGAGCCAGAGUGAGAAACCAACCGUGGCCCAGAGUGAACCGACAACGAAAGAAGAGCGGGAAGAAAGUGUGAAAGCUGAAGCAGACACACCAGCUGAAUCUGCAGCAGUGGAGGAUGGUGAGCGCUGCACAGAGGAAGCAGUGAUAGUGGGUCAAAAGCAAGAGGAAACUAAACCAGUGAGUGAUAAGUGAGGAAAAAAGAAAAUGCUAAACAUGGGACCAACUACUGUGACGGAGGAGGGGGCAGGAGAGGCCACAGUAAAGGGUGAAGCAGAGGGAGGGGAAUGAUGAUCCAUGGCACUUCCUACAGGGACCACCACAUCACAGCAGCACACCACAAAGGGUGGGCCACUGGACCAAAGAACUGAGAUCCCCUCGGUGUGACGUAAUCAACAAAUCCAGCAGUGUCUUUGUCCUUUUUUAACUUAUGUUUGAGGUUUUGCAUUGCACGUGUGAUUAUGUACCAUAAGACAAUUAUUGUGGUAAAAAAAAAAAUACACAAUGUUUACAAUAGAUGGAUAAGAGACAUAGUUAUGACUAUUAAAUGGAGUAUUGAAGUGAC